AUCCCUUUGUCCAAGUUCCUCACUAAUUCGUGCUCUAAAGUUAUAACUUCAUCAAAAUUUCGUAUACUACUCUGUGUUCCAAAAUACAAAAUCUUUUAGCCUCUUAGGUAUUUUUAAAUCCCUCGCCUCCUCGAAAACUUACUAGAUUAUAUGAUGGCGGGAGAGGUUCAAGAGCCGUUUAACCUAAGCCUUUUGGAGAACUCUAUCCACUCAGGAUCAGUAUCAUUUGGAAGAUUCGAGAAGGAAUCUUUAUCAUGGGAGAGGAGAUCAUCGUUUUCUCACAAUAGAUAUCUUGAAGAGGCAGAGAGAUUCUCUAAACCUGGCUCUGUUACUCAGAUGAGAGCUCAUUUCGAGGCGCAUUUCAAGAAGAAAGGGAUCCUGUUUCCUACUUCUGUUGAGUCUUAUACAUGGGGAGGAGAAGCUGUUCCUCACCAAACUUGUGCUGAGAAAGAUGAUAAUAUGUGGGAGAACACGAGUCAGUUUGGUGAUUCUUGUGUGAGCUAUGAUGAGAUUCUUGUGAACUCUGAUGGUGAUGAUCAUACUUCUCUUUCUGUUGCUUUGGAGAAAACUGAGGUUGGUCGCAGCGAGGAUGAAAAAGAGAAAACAUCAUCUUCCUCUGAAACUAGAUUGAAGCCUUUGAAAAAUGUUCAUAAAACUGUUCCUUGUUCCGCAACCAAAGCUUCUUCGACGAAGAAGCAUGUUGUCAUAGCAAAGGGAUCUUCUCCAAGUUGUAAUACUAAAACCAGUAUUGACACUAAGAGACAAAAGGAAUUGAAGCCUAAGAGGAUUGUUAAAACCAUUGCAUCUCAAGCUCCAAGAACAUCAAAGAAAACUGAGAGUCUGACUCCUUUGAUGGCUACUAGAGAAAAGAAAACAACUACUAAUGGUUUCAGUUUCAGAAGUAACGAACGAGCUGAGAAGAGAAAAGAGGAAAAGGUAAUAGCCGUAGUGCCUAAGGAUCUCAACUUCAAAGCAAGACCAGUGCCUAAAAGCACACAUGCUAAACCUCAACACACGUCAACUGGUCAGCCAAAGGCAAAAGCAAGAGAUGAUCACUCAUCUACAGCUAGUUGUGAUAGGUCACUGGUUAAUGGAAUUGCCAAGAGUAAGCUUAAUAUUAACAAACAGAAGGUGGAUACACAUAGGAUUCAAAGACCAAAGACCACCAGCAGCGACCAGAGCGCCAGAAGCAACACGAACAGAAGGAGUUUAGCGAUUAGGCGUUCUGCGGUUUGAGGUUGCUUUUUGAGCAAUCCACCGUCUCUGCUUUUGUUCUGUAGAUUGUGUAAUUAGUACUAUGCCCUCAAUUGUUUCUUUGCGUUUGUGUUUGUGUGUAUUUGUGUUUAUAUGUUAUAGAAAUCAUUAUAACAUAGAACCGCAAAUACAAUGAUCAACCAUGUACCUUAUGUUAGAAUUAUCAUUCCACUAAUAAAUUUUCAAAGCUUAUUACUAA